AUGCCACAGGCAGAAAUGAGAAUAAAAGAGAUCUGGAUCCACCCCGUGAAGUCAAUGAAGGGGAUUAAGCUAGACAAGUGUCAGAUCGAUUCGAACGGGUUCAAAUAUGAUCGAAUGUAUAUGCUGGCAGAGCCCGACAAGAAGGCAACAUUACCAGACGAACAGUACAGGUUUGUCACUCAGAGGGAAGCCCCGAGAAUGACCCUUAUUGAGACCAGUAUUGACAUUGAAAGGGGACACCUGAAAUUGGUAUACCCACCCACAGGUGCAGAGCUAUUAUUACCACUUCAGAUCGAUUCUGAAAUACUUAAAUCAAUGCCCUCCAAAGAUGCAUUCAUAUGGAACCAAACCCCAACUAGUUAUGACCUUCAGUACGAUUUCCCUGCCAUCCGACCAUUUAUUGAAUCGGUAUUCUAUGACGAGCCAGAACGAGCCGCCGAGGCUACAUUUGUGGCGCCAAAAGACAGGAGAACGGUGAAGAGAGGCUCACCUGAUGAACAGACACUGAACCGUCGACCAACUACUUCUUUCCAAGACUAUUAUCCUGGUAAUGUAAUUACUACAAGCUCACUGGAAGAUCUUUACAACAAAGUAUACGAGAAAACUAAGGGCGAGAUUCAAAUAGGUGUUCGAAACUUCAGACCGAAUAUCGUUGUAGAGACAGAGAUCCCUUGGGACGAAGAUACGUGGAAAACAAUCAAGAUAGGCGGUAAGUACACAUGGCACAUUGCGUGUCGCAAUGUUAGAUGUCAAAUCACCACCGUCAAUUUGAAAUCGGGCCAAUUCGAAAAAUCUCACGAACCAUACAAAACGAUGCAAUCGUUUAGACGAGUAGACCCAGGUGCCCCAUAUCUUCCAUGUUUCGGCAUGAAUAUGGUACACCAAGAAGUAGGGUACACCAUCAGCACUGGAGAUACCGUUGAAGUCUUAGGCCGUGGAGAGCAUAUAUACGAGAAGAUUUAG